AUGGCGGAGCCGCGGCGGCGCGCGCGGCGGUACCGCUUCGAGGAGGGUCCGGCGGCGCUGGCCGUGCGUGUGCCCGAGGUGCUGGACUCGCAGUACGGGCUGUACGCGUGGCCCAGCGCCGUGGUCCUGGCGCAGUACGUGUGGGCGCAGCGGCGGAGCCUGCCCGGCAGGCGAGUGCUGGAGAUCGGAGCCGGUGUGAGCCUGCCGGGCGUGGUGGCCGCCCGGUGCGGCGCGCAGGUGACCCUGUCGGACAGCGAGGAGCUGCCCUGCUGCCUGCAGAGCUGCCGCCGCAGCUGCCUCAGCAACCGCCUGCCACACGUGCCCGUCAUCGGGCUCACCUGGGGCCGCGUAUCGCCAGAGCUGCUCGCUCUUGCUCCUGUAGACAUUAUUUUAGGCUCAGAUGUCUUUUUUGACCCCAAAGACUUUGAAGAUAUUUUAACUACAAUUUACUUCUUGCUGGAGAAGAAUCCACAUGCUCAGUUCUGGACUACUUAUCAAGUCCGAAGUGCUGACUGGUCUAUCGAGGCUCUGCUCUGCAAAUGGAACCUGAGGAGCAUCCACGUUCCCCUACACUCCUUCGGUGCAGACAAGGAGCACUUGGCCAGCUCGUCUCUCCCAGGAAGGCACACAAUCGAAAUGAUGAUCAUCUCACUGGCACAGUCAGAGGGCACUUCAGUUUAUUCCACUUUAGGUUCCAGUACAAGGUGAUACUCAGCUGUUCUGAUCUGCAGAAAACAGUCCUGUUUACAGCAAACCUUGUGUCUAUUUCUGGGAAGCAGUUAAUUCUUAAAACAUGCAUUGUAAAAAUAAAGCUGUUUGUUUUUUUCCA